GAGCCUCUAGAAGCUGCAAAUUGUCCCUCAAUUCCCUCCUCCUAUCCCUCCCCCUUUUCUCUUUCUCCAUCCACAGCCCUAUCGCUUUUCCUCCUCUCCAGCCUUUCAACAAGAAAAAUGAAAAGCCUCCCUAUAACAAUCACUUCUGAGCAAAUCCUCUUCCUUGCAGUUCCGCAGGCUAGUGUCAGUGCUGGAAGAGGGAGAGAGGAGGAGCCCAACUCAUAUAGCCCUAUCUCUCUCCCAGACCCUAUCCUCAUCUUUAUCCUUAUUCUCAAUUCUCUCUGCGCCCCAGCCCGCCCUUCCCCGCUCCACGAUUUAUACGGUGGAAAUCGCUGCCCUCUAGUGUCUGCACAUGGGAGCCCAUUAGGGCCCCCACCACUCAAGAGUUUUGUGGGGUAUUUGGGGUUUUUGUUGUGUUUUGUUUUUGUUUUUGUUUUUUUGUAGCCUAAAAGCUGGCGGAGCUUGAUGAACCUCGAAGCUUAGCUCCAUUCUUCUUCCACUCUCUUCUAGCCUCUUCUUCCUUCCACGCCUUUCUCCCUUCUUGGUUAUCUGGGCUGGUAUCAGUUUGAGUUCUGAAUUACUGCUACCUGAGAGGUGGGUUUAAAGGGCUCCUCCUCGCCGUCCUCCUCCCCUUCCUUCUCCUUAUCCUCGCCACACUAAGAACCAAGUAGAGACUUGCAGGAACCUAGCACCUGCUGCUGGGCGUCCUCCGCUCAAUGUCGGAUGUUCUAAGCUGCGACAACUUGGGAAGGGUGUCGCUCUGUUUCUGCCCGGGUCCCUCCCUAUCCUCCAACCCAGGGAUUAUUGAGUUCCAGGAGGGAGGAGGGAGAAGAGAAGGCUUAACGUUUUCCCCGUACUGAGUCGACAAGCAAGAGUUGUGAGAAGCCGAGCUUUUUCUACUCUAUCUCUUUUAAGGGAGGAGAAAAGGGGACGAAAGAGGACAGCUUGGAGCAAGCCUUCUGCAGCUGGCUAAGCGCAAAGGUUUCGCCAUGCAGCGCGGAGCUGGCUGAAGACACGGUGGGACACGAAGCCCUCUGGCCAGCCAGGUGGCUCAGUGGAUAGAGAGCCAGCCAUGGAGAAGGAAAGUCCUGGCUUCUGGUCUCAAACACUUCCUGGUGGUGUGACCCUGGACAAGUCACUUGACUCCCAUUGCCUAGUCCUUACUCACCUUCUGCCUUGGAACUAAUAUGCAGUAUUGAUUCUUAGAUGGAAGUUCUUGGCUGUCUGUAGGAACAAUCUCAAAAUCUUCACUUUCCUUUGUGCUACCCAAAACAGCCUCGGAACAAGUGUGUACAUUCUUUGUAGGAAGCAUUUUGUUUUUGAAAUUUCAACUGGUUCUAAUCAAGUUUCAUGUUGACUUUAAUCUUUGGAUUACAACAAAUUGAUGUACUUGAAUGUGCACAGAGUGGUGAUUCAGCCAAGCAUUCUGGGAAAGUCAGUAAGGAGAUUGUCCGAAAAUAUUGUCGUCAGGACCAGCAGAUUUCCCACACCCAGAAAAAUACAUAUCCUUGAAGUAUUAAACAUAAGUAGUUAUCUUAAAUACAAAAAUAAAUACUUUAUUCUAGUCAAUUCCUCUAAGACUCUCAUCACUUCUACUUUAGCAAUGUGUUUCCUUAGGUCUGGAAUAGCAGUCUUUCAUUUAACAUUCUGUCUUUUGUGAUGUAGAUGUCAUGAAAAGGAAUUAAUUUUAGAAAAAGGACAUUUCAGGGGGCAGAGCCAAGAUGGUAGAGUACAGGCAGCAAGUCAGUUGAAUUUCCCCCAUAUUCCUCUUCAAAAAAAUAUUAAAAUAAAGCCUCAAAUCAAAUUUUGAAGCAGUGGAGUCUGAAACAACUUGGGCAGUCAGCAGGAGAAGUCUAUGACACUGGGGAGGUGGCCUAUUGGGAGUGCAUGCAGGCCAGGGCAGCACCAGCCACUAACAAGUCCUGGAGGCAGCACCAGCACCAGAAGCUUUCAGAGCUCUCAGCUCAGAGAUGGUAAGGGGGUGGGUCCCCUGAUCUGAAAGAGAUUAUAGGUAAUCGUGUGCUGGCACCAUGUGGACCUGGCACUGAUUGGCAAUUUUAUUAGCCAUAAACCCUUCUGGGUCAUAAUUUCAGGGUAGAAAGGAGAGCUUUCAGGCAGUCACAGAGGAUGAGGGACCUUGGUUAUAAUUUAAAGGCAAAGAAGAGCACUAGCAUUUGUGGUUACCGAAGAAUAAGAGAUCUAUUUACAAUGCUCCGACCAAGACCAGCACUAGUAGCUGCAGGGAAGCAGGAACCCUUCCUGGCUAAAAACCAGAGCACAGACCAAGAGAGCAGUGACCAAACUUCUCUCAGAAUAAGUGCUUUGAAAACAGGAGUAUGAAAAAGCAUGAAGCUGAGCACAGUGCCUCUUCACCCCAAGGAAAUCUACAUUCAGGAAAAACUCUGGGUCCCUUUCUCAUAACCGAUGAAAACGGCAUAUAGAGGAAAACAUGUGAAGAAUAACUAGAAACUCAUUAUGGCUUACAUGUCCUGAAGUCUGUAUGACCAGCUAGAGGAGAAAACUUUUUCUAUAGCAAAUCUUAGGAGAAGGGGUAAAAAAUGAAUUUCACAAACUGUACAACAGAAGCCAGUGUGGCCAUUAAAUCCAAAUCAGUAACAGAGAAGAUGCUUGUUUCAAUGACUUUAGUGGUAAUCACUACCAUGACUACACUCUUGAAUUCAGCAGUAAUUAUUGCAAUCUGUACCACCAAGAAGCUCCACCAGCCCGCCAACUACCUAAUCUGUUCUCUGGCUGUGACGGACCUCCUGGUUGCUGUUCUCGUCAUGCCCUUGAGCAUCACAUACAUUGUCAUGGACAGCUGGACCCUGGGUUACUUUGUCUGUGAGGUUUGGCUGAGUGUAGACAUGACCUGCUGUACUUGUUCAAUCCUCCACCUCUGUGUGAUUGCCUUGGAUAGGUACUGGGCUAUCACCAAUGCUAUUGAAUAUGCCAGGAAAAGAACAGCAAAGAGGGCUGGACUGAUGAUUCUCACGGUGUGGACCAUCUCAAUUUUUAUUUCCAUGCCUCCUCUGUUCUGGAGAAGCCACCGUCUUCUCAGUCCUCCACCUAGCCAGUGCACCAUCCAGCAUGACCAUGUAAUCUACACCAUUUACUCCACCCUUGGGGCAUUUUACAUUCCCUUGACUUUGAUCCUGAUUCUCUAUUAUAGGAUCUACCAUGCCGCCAAAACCCUUUACCAGAAACGUGGCUCCAGCCGCCACUUGAGCAACAGAAGCACUGACAGCCAGAACUCCUUUGCGAGCUGCAAGCUGACCCAGACCUUCUGUGUGUCCGACUUCUCCACUUCAGACCCAACCACAGAAUUUGAUAAAAUCAACACCUCAGUCAGGAUACCUCCCUUUGACAAUGACCUGGACCAGGCUGGAGACCGCCAACAGAUCUCCAGCACCAGGGAACGAAAGGCUGCUCGAAUUCUGGGACUGAUACUAGGGGCUUUCAUUUUGUCCUGGCUGCCAUUUUUCAUCAAGGAGCUAAUUGUAGGGCUGAGUCUUUAUACUGUGUCAUCUGAAGUGGCUGACUUUUUGACGUGGCUUGGUUAUGUGAACUCUCUCAUCAACCCUCUACUUUACACAAGUUUUAAUGAGGAUUUUAAGCUAGCCUUUAAAAGGCUUGUCAGGUGCCGGGAACAUUCCUAGAGUGGUAGAAAACCAAGUGUCUUUGGCUUGCCUUGUGAAUGCACAAAGGGAAUCAAAAUAAUGAACUUUUGAAGACAGUUUGUAGGUUGUGGGAGCCAGGAAAGGGGUACAGCAGGGUGUUUUGUGUUACUCUUCUUUGGGGGUUUCUGACAUUCAGUAUGCUGUUUUCUACCUCUGGUGUUAUGUAAGGUAUGUAAAAUCAAGUCAAUUUUAUGAAACCAAAAUGGAAAUCUUCACCAACAUAACCAAAAGGAAAAUAAUGCAUUAUUUAUUUUAACAGCCCCAAUUACUCCUGUUAUCAGUGAAUGAAAAAAAGAAAAUCCCUUUUAUCUAUAGGAACUCUUCUGGUGAAUUCUUUUGUCUUUAUAUGGCCAAACCAAUGUCUGACUAUUUGCUCUUCAGUGGCAUAAAACUUGACCUUAUGUGUCUAUAGGCAUACAGAUCCAAGCAGUGACUGUAUGAUUGUACAUAAAGAAUAGAGAGCACUCUCUGUCCUGUUAACCCCUGCUUGCAAUCCUGAGCUGAAAGCAUUCACCAUGGCACAACUACCUAGCCUAUCAACUGCAGAAGCAAGAACCCCUAUUUCCCAUGCUCCACAAUACAAUAAACCAGCUCAAGUUUCAAAAAGAACCCAGAAUGCUCUGGGAAUUUUGUGUAAGUUGCUUAUUGUGAGUAUAACCUAUAAAUAAGUGAGAAACGAGAAAAAUGUCUUCUGUUUGGUACAUUUACUUCUAUGGAUGUUUCUGUUUCUGGGGCUUAAGAGGGGGAAGGUAAAGAUUUAGCAUUUUGUAACUGGGAGAGAAAGAUCUUAGAGAUCCAGUCCAGCCCCCUCAAUUUGUGAAUGAGGAAACAGAGGUUCAGAAAAGUUCAAUAAUUUGCUAAGCAUCACAGCACUUAUCUGUUGGGAGUCCAUUGGUAUAAUUAGGAGGUUUCACAGAAGAAACAGAUACACCAGCCAACACAGAAUGAAAUAGAUCCAUUUAUUUGGCACAUUUAAGAAAUGGCUUAACUGGAGACACCAAAAAGUACAAAUCAGGAUAGCAGCCAAUAUCUCCAAAGCUAAAGCUAUACCCACUCAUAAACUGAGAACAGUAGUUAAAACCCAUAAAGUAGGAAUGCAGAUGAAAGCAUAUGAUUUUUCAUUUGUUUAUUUGGAUAUAUGUUAUAAGGUUUGGGUUUUAUAAGAUUAAGUCACUUACAAAAAUGAAAAAUAUAGAAAUAUAAAAACUAUAAAGUGGGAUAGGGAAGAGCAAGGCAUGUAUCAAGUCAGUGAGACCACCAGGCCAAAGCAAGAAAAGGAAGUCUCAAAUAUUUUUGUGAAAAGUUUCUUCCAGGACUUGGCACAGUGUUACUUAAGCCACCCUUGUUUGAUGAGUGGAACUCCUGGAUCCAUCCUCAUUACAUGUAUCAAGGUAGCUCCAGGAAGCCAUUUAGGGCCAGAUGUUUUAUAGGGAGGUCCUGAAACUCAUGGAUAUCUAUUUUUUUUUUGGUUUUUUGUUUUUGUUUUUGUUUUUUUACUUUUGAUGAGAUAGGCAAAGUGGCACCAAUUAGCUAUGAAUCUCUAGCUGGGAAGUGUGCAGGCAUAGUUUAAAAUAUAGGGAUGAACUUUCCAAAAGAGUCAGGGCAGAAAAGAAGAGACAUCAAGGAAGAGAAAGAAGUUUAGCUGUGGCAGAAGCUACAUCCUGGAUAAACACUAGGUUCCGAAAACCUUUUUUGGACUGUAGCAGUGAUGGAUAAUCUAAGAGAGACAGUAUCAGAUGUCCCCACUGUUAGAUGAUAUCUGAUAUAACACCAGCUCACAAAAAUUUCUUUAGUCUCUAGGUCUAAAAGAUGUCUUAUGAUUCUUCUUGGAUGCAAGAAGAGAGAGACAGAAACAGAGACAGAGAGAGACACAGAGAGAGAGAGACAGAGACAGAGAGACAGAGACAGAGACAGAGACAGAGAGACAGAGAGAAAUAUACAGGGUGGUUACAUGUACAUCUAGGGGGAAACUAUCAUCCAAAACCCUGUUGCAAAAUGCCACUCUGUAGAAUUUACUAGUGGAUCAGUUUAGAAGAGAGAAAUCAUUAAAAAAGGGAACAUCUGAAUUCCUACUUAGGUGCAUGGAUCAAGAAACUGGUUGGACAAGAUGAUCCCUAACAUCCUUUCCUACCCUGGAAUUCUGCAAUUUAUAAAAAAUUAAGUGUGGUGGGAAAAGCUGUCUUCUGGGAUUCUUUUUGCACUAAUAGUGAGAUUGUGGCAUAAUUGAGUGACUGCUAAAGAUACAGAUUACCUCAGAAAUCCAGCUUGUACACUUAUGGGUGAAGGAUGUAACUUUUCAGAGCCUCGGUUUCCUCAUUUAUAAAAUGAGGAUAUUAAUGAUUUUACUGCCUGUCCCACACAGUGGUUUUGAGUAAAGAACUUUGCAAAAACUCAUAACUCUCUACAGAGUGUCUCAGAGAAGUUUUGGGGAUAUCCUGAAUCUAUGAAAAUUGUUAUCACCAUAAUGUUGUUCUGAAUGAAGAGGUAUCAGGACAGCCACAGAAUCCCAUUCCCUUGUAAACAGACUUAUGGAAGCCCUGAAGUCACUUCUGCAGUGUCUGUGAAGGACCUCAAACCUGCCAAUCUCCAAUACAAUGGCAGAAAGGACUAGGACAAGAGUAUCUCUGUGGGUGAUUAUUCCCACUCGAUGUUCCCAGGAAGGUGGAAACCCUUUUCUAAAUCAUAUGAUCACAGAACUAGAGGUGGGUGGACCCUUCAAGUGCAAGACCCAUUUUACAGAUGAGAGAACUGAAAUCCAGAGAAUUUUCAAUGAUUUGACAAGAUCACAUGGGGAGUAUCAGUAACAGAUGUCCUGUGACACCAACUUCCCAGCUCUCUAUUGCACCACACUGACUCCAUCUCUGGGGCAGCUAGGUGGUCCAGUGGAUAAGGUAUCCAGGCUUGGAGUCAGGAAGACCUGAAUUCAAAUCUGACCUCAGACACUUGCUAGCUUUAUGAACCUGGGAAAGUCACUCAACCCUGUUUACCUCAGUUUCCUCAUCUGUAAAAUGAGCUAGAAAAGAAAAUAGCAAACCAUUCCAGUAUUUCUACCAAGGAAACCCCAAAAUGGGGUCAAGAAGAGUUGGACAUAACUGAAAAAUGACUGAACAGCAAACAACAAACUAUCUAUUGGCCCAUAUGUGUUUGCAGGAACAGGUAAGGAACUUUCCUGGCCAGUUUAUGGAGAGGAAUAACAAAUGAUGAAUCCUGGGACUUUACUCUGUCAGCUGAGUUUGCAUCUGAUACUGUGUCUCUGAAUUAACACCCAGAGAAUAGCUGAUAAUAGCAAACAUUUAUAUAGUGCUUCCUAUGUGCCUGACACUGCCAAGAGCUUUAUGUCAUUUGAUCCUCACAGCCACCCUGGGGAGUAAAUGCUAAUAUCAUCCCCAUUUUACAGAUGGAGAAAUUGAGGCAAACAAUGUUUAAGUGAUUUACCCAGGAUCACUCAUCUAAUCAUUGUCUUAGGCUGAAUUUGAACUCAGAUCUUCCUGACUCCAGGUCCAGCUCUUUUCUCUGCCAACUAGCUGAAGCACCUAGAAGAAUGCAUUCUCACGAGAAUACCAACAAGUUGUAAAAAAUGAAUACUGGCACUGAACCUUUUAAUCUGUUCCUUGAUUGAAUGUUGAAUGGCGUGACUUUUUUUUUAAGCCUUUACCUUCUGGAUUAGAAUCAAUAAUAUGUGUUAGUUCUAAGGCAGAAGAGGGGUAAAUGCUAGGCUGUGUGGGGUUAAAUGACUUGUCCAAAGACACUAGGAAGUGUCUGAGACCAGAUUUAAGCCCAGAACCUCACAUCCCUAGGCCUGGCUCUCAAUCCACCGAGUCACCUAGUUGUCCCCCUGAAUAGCUUAUUAGGUUACCUGAUUAAUGAGGUCAAAGUUAGAGCUUUGAUCCACACAUAAACCAAUGCACUUUUCUCUGAUGGCCACCUACUAUACUCCUAUUCAUAUAUUAAUCUGUAUAAAAUCCUAUGAAGGAUUGUGGAUUUAAGAGAAGAAAAGUAUCUUAGAGGCCACCUAGUCCAACCCUGUUAUUUUACAGAUGAGGAAACAAAGUCACAGAUGGGUUUUUUGAUUUUCCCAAUAUCAAAUAGCUAGUAAAAAGUAGAAUUCAGAUUUGAACCCAAGUCCUCUGACUCAGAAUCCAGUGCUCUUUCCACUGCUCAAAUUAUUAGGAAAGUUUUUCCUCCCAAAUCUUUGUACUUGUUCAAAGAAGGAACAACACAAACUUAGAAUAAGCCCAAUGCACCAUGGAUCAUCUUCUCAUAGGUCAUCUUCCUCUAUGAAGGGCAGUUUUCACAUGGGUGGCAACAGAAAAGUCAGAGCCAGGACCAGGAGGUUAGCUAAGCAAGAGAGAUCUGGCAAAUGCUAAUGUUCUGACCCAAUGGAUCUUAAAUAUUUUUUAUGUCAUGGACCCAUUUGGCAGACUAAGGAAACCUAUGGAACCCCUUCUCAAAAUAUUAUUUGUUGCCUGCCUUCAUAAUUAAAGGACAAGCCAAAUUUGAGUUCAAGGCUGGUCAAAAUAAACUUUAUUUUUUCUAUCCAAGUUCAUGGACUCCUUGAAAUCUAUCCAGAGAGCUUUGAAUCAGAAGUUAAAAAAACUUUGGUCUAAAUAGAUGAGAGCUCAAGUCCAGAUGGUUUCAGCUAAAAUGGAAGAGAAAGUAGUUAUGUCAAGGCAGAUGUUCAAAGUCCAGGAAUUAGAGAAUCAACUUAAGCUACAUUAUAGAGCAGACCUGGACUCUGAGCCCAAAAGAGAAGCUGGUACUCUGCCAUUUUAUCAGAAAGAGAUCCAUCAAAGAUUUACAAGUGGGUCCCACUGAUGAAAAUAGAGAGCAAAGCAGACAGCAGUAUGGAGGAUUUCGUAUUUGUGCAUCUGUCCACACCUACAAAUUACCUCUCCUUUCCCUAUAGAGAAGUUUGGGGUUGUGGUUUUAAGUUUCAUCCUCUGAUAUAUGGGUGAUGGGUCAUGGGAUGGUGGUCGAAUAAGUGAAGAAAGAACCUGAAUGAGUUUGUGAUUAAACUAAGUGGAGUUUGAGUGAUUAGUUAAUAUCAUUGUCUAUAAAGAUGCUGUUUAUUGUGAACAUGUGAGGAAGAAUGACUAGAUACGAGGGAUUCAUUUCCAGAAUAGAACUCUGGAGUUGUGGUGGUCCUGAGCUGAUGCCUAGAUUGUAGCAGGGCAAAAAGAGCAGGCUAGUGAAGACUGGUUUGUUCCACUUGUACUUCAAGCCCUGGGGUGGUCUGCAACUCUCGAUUCUGAUGCCCUAGCACAUAAUGCUAUCAAAAUUUGGAGAGUAAGGGAAGCUUAAGGGGCUCAUAGUCUGGGGGCCAGACCCUUUAUGUAAGUCCAUAUCCCUGCCCCUGCUUGUAGCUGGCACAGAAACUCUAGGAUUACAUCACAACUCGACAUUAAGCAUUUUAGGGAAAUGACUGAAACCAAUGUAUAUUUUCCAUAUCUGUACUAAGGGGCUUGCUAGGUUGAUGUUUAUUUAGACCAAUGGUGCUGCUAACCGUUAUCAACAUUGUGCAUGUCUCAGAGCUGCUCUAUUGAACUAUCUAUCCUUCCCCUACCAAGAAUUUUUAUCCCAUUAAAAAAAAUAAAGGAAUAAGCAUCA